AUGGUUGCGACAAACUUGGCGGCUCUGCUCCCCAAGAUCGUCGCGCUGACGCUUCUGUCGCUACCGUCCGACCACGAGCUGUGUGUGACCUACACCAUCUUCAAGGAUUCUAGCACUGAGUUGAAGGCGACCAAGUUCACGCAAUGCCAAAGCACGGAAAUAACGUCUGGCACGCCGGCAGGGUAAGUUUUUCGUUUUUUGAAGGUUCAUUUUUUUGAUUUUAGUGGUUUCUUUGGUGUUUACAUACAUAUUUUGGUAUAUUAUUUGACAUUUUACAUUUUAGAGUCUUCAAAAAGGGGUCUGCUCAUUACAAGUUGCUGCAGCUGUACCCGGUGAACACAGCUCUCGACUCCAUCCUCUUUAGUCGUUUGGUCACUGCUGAUGAGUAAGUUAUAUUUUGUCCGCUAGAAAUUUCAAACUUUUUUGCCAUGAGUAAAGGGCAUUGAAUUAAGGUUACAUUUUUGUUUGUUUUUAGUGGAUCGCAGCUCUCUGGGUUGUCGCUGUUAAACGUGUCACCAGGUGAACCCAAGCUCUUGAUAAGCGAUAUGCGUGCAAAGGAGGCUCGAGUUGGUGUCGCAAAUGGUCACGCUUUUUACCAAGAUUGCGGAACCGAGGAUACAAUGCACAUCGACAUGGUCAAUGUAGGCAAAGAAGUGAAUCGAAUGUCCCAUGAAGGUUUGAUUAUAUGUGGCAAGCCCGAAUUUGGACAAACGAAGGAUGGUAGUGUUUGGACGAAAUUUGAAGGAUGUUGGACAUUGGAUGGUGACAACCUGAAGCCUUCGGAUCGUUCAGAUGUUACUGAGCUGGUUUUCACAAUUGUAAGUGUUUACUUUAAACUUUUAUGCUUUUUUUGUAUUCUUUAGCAGGUUUGGUGGCUUUUAGUUGUUUUGUAAGUUAAAAGUUUAGUUUUUAUUUAAAUUUAGUUGAAAUUUAUUGAAAUAUAAUUGAAUUUUGGAUAUUAAUGUUUCAGGAAGCCUUGGUGAACAUGGAUCCAACGAUCGCCCAAGAUGUGGAUCAGGCCGACUUGAAGACGAUGCUGGUCUUGGUUCACAGCCAGUAAGUUGAUUAAAAGUUUGGUUUUGGAAUAUUUUUAGCAUUUCUAGCCAUUUUGACUUUUUUCGUUUUUAAUUUUUUAAAUUUUAAACUUAUUUUUCAGACUCGCUCCGCAGACCACCUGCACCACCACAACUCCAGCGGAUGACACCACUAGUUUGGAUGUCGCUGAAGAUAUCUUCGUCAAUCGUACGACCUUCCUCGAAAGACACAAGUAAGUUGAUUUUGAAUUUUUGUAUUUUUUGGAAGAUUGUUUGAAAAUGUUGGAUUUUUUAAAUUUUUUUGAAAUUUUUGAAUUUUUUUUAAAGAUUUAAAAAAUUGAAACGUUGAGAAUUUUUAUCGGCUUUUUAGGCGUCAGAUAUGGUUUUUAAUUUUUUUUUUGAUUUCAGCAGAGUCGUGUUCUGGGGUUAUUUUGGCAUCAUCGCCAGCUUCCUUUCCCUCGUCAUUGUCGUGGUCUGUAUUGCUAUCUGGUGUUACCGUAAUUGGAAAGGCCUGGCGGAGCUAUGGCGUCAAAGGCAUACCACCGGUAGCGAUGUGUCCAGCACUAGCGGUGGGUCUAGCGCUAGCGAUAUCUCCACCGCUAGCAAUGUCUCCACCCCUAGCAAUGCCUCCACCGCCAGAAAGAUCUCCACCGCUAGAAACAUCUCCACCGGUUCUAAUUCGACGCCACGGAACAGCGCCUCAAAGACCAGCAAGUCUGGCACGGGAAAGAGUGCAAAGUCGCCCCAAGGCCGCUAAGACGUCCGCAUCAUCCGGAACAUCGACCAAUACUGGCAGCGCGAACAAGAAGCGCGGAAAAUCCAAGAAGGAGGCCACACCAAAAGUGGAUGAAUCAAAAAAAUUGCCGGGGCAAUAUGUCUCAAUUGAGUCGGUCCUAGUUCCAACCAAGUCCGGAAAACACACCACAACAGAGAUUCGUGAGCAAGAAAUCUCCCGUGGCUAA